AGCCACCAAAUGCUGAGCAGUCAACAGCAUUUCUUGUUCUCAGAUUACCCUUCUGAGCACUCUCUGGCUGCCAGAUUAUCGAGGCCAUCAUAGCUUGAUUCGAUUUCUCAGCUCCAGGCAUUAGCUAACCCUGCCAAGCUGGGUUGCCUCGGUCCUGUGAUGGCUCCCCGUGUCGGCUGCUUCCUGUUGGCGGUGCUGAUGUCUGCCAGCUGUGAAGUCAUCACCUCCUCAAAUCCAAUGUGCACUGAGAAAGAAGCCAACAAGACAUAUAACUGUGAAAAUUUAGGUCUCAGAGAAAUUCCUGACACUCUACCAAAUACAACAGAAUUUUUGGAAUUCGGCUUUAACUUCUUGCCUACAAUUCAAAAUAUAACCUUCAGCAGGCUCAUAAAUCUUAUCUUUUUGGAUUUGACCAGGUGCCAGAUUAACUGGGUACGUGAAGAUACUUUUCAAAACCAUCAUCAACUGAACACCAUUGUGUUAACUGGAAAUCCCCUGAUAUUCAUGGCAGAAACAUCACUUACCGGGCCCAAGUUGCUGAAGCAUCUUUUCUUAACCCAAACAGGAAUAUCCAAUCUUGAGUUUAUCCCAGUGCACAACCUGGAAAACUUGGAAAGUUUGCAUCUUGGAAGCAACCAUAUUUCCUCUAUUAAUCUCCCAGAAAACUUCCCAACACAGAAUCUGAAAGUCCUGGAUUUUCAGAAUAAUGCUAUACACUACAUCUCUAGUAAAGACGUAAACGGUCUGGAACAGGCCACGAACCUAAGCCUUAACUUCAAUGGCAAUGACAUUAAAGGCAUUGAGCCUGGGGCUUUCAAUUCAAAAAUCUUUCAAAGUUUGAAAUUUGGAGGGUCUCUCAACUUAUCUGUUAUAUUGAAAGGUCUACAGAACUCUACUAUUCAGUCUCUUUGGCUGGGGACAUUUGAGGACACUGAUGACCAAGACCUCACUUCAGCCACAUUUGAGGGACUUUGUGACAUGGCUGUUGAGAGCAUCAACCUACAAAAGCACCAUUUCGAUGGCUUCUCACCUUCUACAUUUCGGUGCUUCACUCGACUCCAGGAGUUGGAUCUGACGGCAGCUCACUUGAAAGGAUUACCCUCUGGGAUUGAGGGCAUGAUCUCUCUCAAGAAAUUAGUUCUCAAUGCAAAUAGUUUUGACCAAUUGUGUCAAAUCAAUGCUGCCAGUUUCCCAUCCCUUACAGACCUCUAUGUCAAAGGUAACAUGAAGAAACUUGACCUCGGUGCCAGGUGUUUGGAAAAACUAGAAAAUCUUCAGAAACUUGAUUUAAGUCACAGUGACAUUGAGGCUUCUGACUGUUGCAAUCUGCAACUCAAAAACCUGCCCCACUUGCAAUACUUAAACCUGAGCUACAAUGAGCCCCUUGGUCUCGAGGAUCAGGCAUUCAAAGAAUGUCCUCGGCUAGAACUCCUGGAUUUGGCAUUUACCCACCUGCUUGUUAAGGCUGCACAAAGUCCUUUCCAAAACCUCCAUCUCCUGCGGGUUCUGAAUCUCUCUCACUGCCUCCUUGAUACCAGCAAUCGACACCUUCUAGAAGACCUGCUGGAUCUCCGGCAUCUGAAUGUACAAGGGAAUCACUUUCAAGAUGGGAGCAUCUCAAAGACCAACCUACUUCAGACAGUGAGCAGCUUGGAGACUCUGAUUUUAUCCUCUUGUGAUCUCCUCUCCAUAGACCAGCAAGCAUUCCACGGCCUUGGGAAAAUGAGCCACUUAGACUUAAGCCACAACAGCCUGACAGGCGAUAGCAUGGAUGCGUUUAGCCCUCUUAAGGGGCUCUACCUCAAUCUGGCCGCCAAUAACAUUCGCAUCAUCCCACCCCAUCUCCUCCCCGCCUUGUCUCAGCAGAGCACCAUUAAUUUAAGUCACAAUCCCCUGGACUGCACUUGCUCAAAUAUCCAUUUCAUAACAUGGUACAAAGAAAACCUGCAUAAACUCGAGGGCUUGGAGGAGACCAUGUGUGCAAAUCCCCCAUCUUUAAGGGGAGUUAAGCUGUCUGACGUCAAACUGUCUUGUGGGCUGACGGGUAUGGGCAUUUUCUUUCUUGUAGUAUUUGUAUUCUUGGUCAUCAUUCUGCUCAUUUUUUCAGUUAAAUUUCUUCUUAGGUGGAAAUACCAGCACAUUUAGUGCUGAAGAUUUCUAGAGAUCGAAAAUAAAUAUGUUUAGCAAAA